AAGCUCACCUCUCUCUCUCUCGUCAUCCAUUUCUUGCCUGUUUGAUCGAGGCAGAAAGAGGAGGGAAAGCUAUAAACAUGGCGAGGGACAUCCGGGCUGGUCACGAGCCGACAGAUGACAGUGCUAGUGGUGGCGCCGCGCUCGUGCUGUGGGACUGCGGCAGCUCGCUCUACGACUCCUACGAGCUCACCGCCUUCAAGCGCCAGCUCGACGCCGCCGUGCUCGCCUGCCGCUCGAUCUCCAUGCCUCACCUCCCCGCCGCCGCCACCACGCCGGCAGCUGGCGGCAGGAAGAGGCGCGCGGGGAGGCUACCGGCUCUGCUCCGGAGGUUCUUCUCCAAGGUGCUCGUCCGUCUUCGGCUCCCGGCCUCGGUGCGUGGCACAAGACAUCACGGCCGGUACCGGGGGUACGACGGAUACGGCCACGGCGACUAUAGCGCCACGGGUUCGCCGUGGUCCGGCGCGCUGACCUCCAUCCCGGAGGAGAGCGGCGACAGCCCGGAGACCGGGUUGUCGCCUCCGAUCGUCGCCGGUCCGAGCGCGCUGCGCAGGGUUCAGUCGGAGCGGUUCAUCGGCAGCAAGACGGCGUCCACCAUGGUUCCAUUCGACGUCGUCUUGUAGCUCAACAUACAGUGAUUAGGCGUAAGACUAGCACAAGUCAGUCAGAUACUUGUAUGUAUACCUAGAAUAUGCAGCGAGUUCUUCCUUUUUAGUUCACAUACAGUGUUCGUGGUGUAAGAAUUAGCAGUGGCAAGUGAUUAAUCAAGUGAGCAACAAGGAAAUUCAAAGAGUUGUUGCUUGGAGCGCUGAUCGGAUCAACAGAGGACGAAUAGCAGUUCGCACAUGGGAGGGCGAUCGAUCGAGAUAUAUGGCGCGCCAGAAUGGAGCCGAUUC